CUUGUGUUUCCCACUUAGAGAAGUUCCUUUAGCAUUUGUUGUAGAGCUGGUUUGGUGGUGCUGAAUUCUCUUAGCUUUUGCUUGUCUGUAAAGCUUUUGAUUUCUCCAUCGAAUUUGAAUGAGAUCCUUGCCAGGUAGAGUAAACUUGGUUGUAGAUUCCUCCCUUUUAUCAUUUUAGGUAUAUUGGGCCAAUCCCUUCUGGCUUGUAGAGUUUCUGCUGAGAAAUCAGUUGUUAGCCUUACUGGAGUUCCCUUGUAUGUUAUUUUUCAUUUUUCCCUUGUUGCUUUUAAUAAUUUUUCUUUGUCUUUAAUUUUUGUCAAUUUGAUUACUAUGUGUCUUGGCGUGUUUCUUUUUGGGUUUAUCCUGCCUGAGACUCCCUGCACUUCCUGAACUUGGGUGGCUAGUUCCUUUCCCAUGCUAGGGAAGUUUUCGACUAUAAUCUCUUCAAAUAUUUUCUCGGGUCCUUUCUCUCUCUCUUCUCCUUCUGGGACCCCUAUAAUGCAAAUGUUGGUGCGUUUAAUGUUGUCCCAGAGGUCUCUUAGGCUGUCUUCAUUUCUUUUCAUUCUUUUUUCUUUAUUCUGUUCCACGGCAGUGAAUUCCACCAUUCUGUCUUCCAGGUCACUUAUCCGUUCUUCUGCCUCAGUUAUUCUGCUAUUGAUUCCUUGUAGUGUAUUUUUCAUUUCAGUUAUUGUAUUGUUCAUCUAUGUUUGUUGGUUCUUUAAUUCUCCUAGGUGUUUGUUCUUUAAUUCUUCUAGGUCUUUGUUAGACAUUUCUUGCAUCUUCUCAAUCUUUGCCUCAAUUCUUUUUCCCGAGAUCCUAGGUCAUCCUCACUGUCAGUAUUCUGAAUUCUUUUUCUGGAAGGUUGCCUAUCUCCAUUUAGUUGUUUUUCUGGGGGUUUAUCUUGUUCCUUCAUCUGGUACAUAGUCCUCUGCCUUUUCAUUUUGUCUAUCUUUCUGUGAAUGUGGUUUUUGUUCCACAGGCUGCAGGAUUGUAGUUCUUCUUGCUUCUGCUGUCUGCCCUCUGGUGGAUGAGGCUAUCUAAGGGGUUUGUGCAAGCUUCCUGAUGGGAGGUACUGGCAUAACAUCUUUUAUAUUCAUUCCUGUUGUGUCUAUCAGUAAAGAUCCUCAUUUUUUUAAAAAAAAUAUUUAUUUAGGCUGCUCCGGGUCUUAGUUGAGCACGUGAGAUAUUCCUUGCCAUGUGUGGGAUCUUUAGUUGUGGCCUGAGGACUGUUAGUUGCAGCAUAUGGACUUUUUAGCUGCUGCAUGUGGACUUCUUAGUUGCAGCAUGUGGACUCUUAGUUGCAGCACGUGAACUCUUAGUUGCAGCAUGCAUGUGGGAUCUAGUUCCCUGACCAGGGAUCGAAUCUGGCCCCCUGCAUUGGAAGUGUGGAGUCUUACCCACUGGACCACCAGGGAAGUCCCAGGUCCUCAUUUAUUUUUAAAAAAUAUUUAUUUCUUUUAGUUUUUGGCUGUGUCAUGUCUUAGUUGUGGCAUGUGGGAUCUUCGUUGCGUUGCACAGGCUUCUCUCUAGUGGUGGUGUGGACUCCAGAGUGUAUGUGCUCAGUAGUUGCAGCGUGCAGGCUUAGUUGCCCCAUGGCAUGUGGGAUCUUAUUUCCCUGACAAGGGAUCAAACCCAUGUCUCUUGCAUUGGAAGGCGGAUUCCUAACCAUUGGACCACCAGGGAUGUCCCAAUCAGGUCCUCAUUUUUAAAUGAAUAAUUACAAGAUCUUUGCAGACUCUCUUUACAUUUGGGCUUCUGUUACGUGUAUACAGUUGUGGUAACCACUGUUAAAGACUUGUACAAAACAUCCUUCCAAAACAGGCAUCACUCAUGCUUGUCUGUCAGAGAUCUUGUUCUUUGGUUUUCACCCCCCCCUCCCAGUUUAGCAUUGAUAAAUCUUUCAAAACUGCCGAGAGAAUUUACGAAGAUUUGUUCCAUAGGCCCAGUGUUUUUGACUUACUGAGUUCAGGAAAACUUAGGGGCUGACCCAGCUCUUACGAUUAAUUGCAUCUGACUUUUUUCCAGGGGGUCGUCAGCAGUUUAUCCUUCACAGGUCUCACAUCCAGUCCAAGCUGUGCAUUAGUGGAAGUUGUCUUUUUACUUUCCUCUGCUCUGGUGGGGUGACCACAGUCCAUAACAGUGAGUGGGGAAAAAGGAAAGAAAAUAAGAAUAAAGCGGCAUUUCCUCCACAAUAACUAAAUGCCAGUGCUCAGCUUAUUGGACCACUUUAUCCCUUAGACUUAGCUUGAGAUUUUAACUAGGCUGUUUCUAAAAAUCAAAGCACACUGCACGGUUCCGGCUUUGCUCUUGGACAAAUUAGCGCAGCUGGAACUACAUUUCCCAGAAUUCCCCUCCCUGCAGACUUCUGGGGUUAGCGUGGGCACUGACCUCGUGGGAGCCUUGGGAGACAAAAGUGAUGCAACAUGUGUGUCUUUCUACUGGAAAAAGGUGGGCGCGGGUCGGGUGCCGUUGAGCUCGAGGGAGAAUCCCGGGUCCGGCUGGCUUGCCUGGUGGGCAAGGGCUUCCUCUGCCGCUGACCACUUCCCCAGUGUCUGGGACGGGCUGCCGCCGCGCUGCCCUCAGACUCGGCACCAGUGUAGCCAGCUCCCUACCCAACGUGGGGAAGGUCACAUCCCUCUAACAGGUCCGUGAUCUGUGCCAUUCUUACCCCUGCCCCUCGGUGGUCUCCUGAGUGGAGACACCCUCCUCAGAGGAUGCGCAGUGUUCACUCUUGGUUCUCCCUUUUCCUUCCCAAUACGCCGAUUGGGUUCCACGCUCCUCCACGCAACCAGGAGGUUAGGGAAAGCUGAUUGAGUCCUGCCUCAAAGGUGACUUGGUGAACCUGUCCACUGAAAAAAAAUGCACAACCUAAAAGCGAGGAUUAUGUUUUAUCUGGUGGACAAAACUGAGGACUUAAGCCUGGAAGAUAGCCUCUCAGAUGGCUCUGGGGACUGUUCUGAAGAGGUGAGGGAGCAGCCAGCAUAUAUAGGAGUUUUGCAACAACAACAAAAAACCCCAAUAAAACCAGGUAGUGGAACAUCAAAAGGUUACUGUUCAUUAAAGAAAGCCUGACACCUCAAGUUAAGGAAUUUAGUUGCUUUCCUUUGUAUGGGCAGAUCCUGAGAUCAUUCCUUUGAUAUGCACCUCAGCUCUCUAGGGUGGUUAUCCUCCUUCUCUCCAUCCUGAAUCCCUUCAGGGUGCACCGUCAGAGUUGGCUGUAGUGGCUGAGGGCUUGAUGGCCACGACAUCCUUGGUUUACUGAUCUGGCAGGUGACAUUUUCUAGCCACAGACCUAAGCUGAUCCUGGUAAGUGUAAGGAACACCGUCCUAGCCAGUGAGAUGGGGGCAAAGUCGCCAAAGGACGUGGGGAGAAUAUGCCCUUCUGGUAAAGAGAGAAGUGUAGGAGAAAAUGGCUCUCUUUGUUGUUCUACUGAAUGUAGCCCCAAAGUGUUGCCGCCACAAGGGUCACUGGCCUUAGAAGAACGUGCAGCAGGAUGAUGGAAGGAAGGACCCUGGGUCCUUGAAGACUCAUUGAGCUGCUCAAGGAACCAACCCUGGAGUAGCCAACGCCUCCCGCUUGCCUGGGACUUGCCGGAUUUAGCACUGAAGGUCCUGUGUCCUGGGAAACCCCGGUCCUGAGCCUGCCUGGUGGUCCGUCCCUCUAGCCCUGCCUUAGGACUUCUUUAAUGGGAGAUAAUUCCCUUUACUGUUGAAGCCCGUUGAGUUGUGGCUGUUUUUGGUGCUUGUAGCUGAAAGCAUUCUAGAUGGUGUAGGACAGUAAAAGAACACGCCUUUUGUUUCUGACAGUGUUUAUAAAAGAGGUAUUCUGAAAAAUGUUCUGAAUAAUGUCAACAUCAUUGGAAAAAUGCACUGCUUUUCGUAGAAACUUUGUGUUUUUGUUUGUUCAAAUCAGUUUUAUUAAUUUAUGGGCAGGCAUAACUUACACAUUUUAUCUAAUUAAAAAAAAAGUUACCACUUGGACAUACAUAUGGCAUAUGGAAAGAUAAGUAUAACUGUUUUAUUUUAAGUAUUUGCCUGUCUUUGGGCCUUUAGCUGUGUCUUAAAAUAAGAAGCCCUUACAUUGGCCAGUGAUGCCUUUUGGGAGUGUAAGAAAGGGGUGAUCUCUGUUCUAUAUAUUUAAAAGUCUAAGUUACUGGGACUUUAAAAAUAUAUUUGUGCAUGAGUUUGGUGUAGUUCAGUGACAUUUUUUCCAGAAAGAAAGGCUUCCAGGGCUUGGCACUGUCUUCCUGUGGGUGUAGUUUAUUAAUAUCAUUAUUGAUCUUUGCCCUUUCCUCUGUCUACACCUGUCUUAGCUUGGGCUGCUAUAAUAAAAAUACCAUGGACUGGAUAGCUUAUAAACAACAGAAAUUUACUUCUUACAGUUCUGGAGGCUGAAAUCCCAGAUCAGGGUGCCAGCCUCUUGGGAGGGCCCCAUUACAUGUUGCAGGCUGUGGACGUCUCAUUGUAUCCUCAUGUUAGAGAGCAGAGAGGGGAAGCAAGGUCUCCUGUGACUCAGGGCACUAAUCACACUCAUGAGGGCCCCACCCUCAUGACCUCAUCCAAUCCUAAUUACCUCCCACUUCCUAGGACCAUCACAUGGUGAGGUUAGGGUUUUAGCAUGUGAAUUUGGGGGUUGUACAAACAUUUAACCCAUAACAUUCUGCCCCUGAUCCCCCGAAAUUCAUGUUCUUUUUGCAUGUAAAAUACAUUCCUUCCAUUCCCCGACCCCUCCAAAUCUUAACUUGUUCCAGCAUCAACUCUAAAGUCUAAAGUCGAAAUUAUAUCUAAAUAUCAUCUAAAUCAGAUAUGAGUGAUGCUCAAGAUAUGGUUCAUCCUGAGGCAGAAUCCCUCACCAGCUGUGAACCUGUCAAGCCAAACAAGUUAUGUGUUUCCAAAACACAACAAUGGAACCGGCAUAGGAUAGACACUUUCAUUGCAAAAGUGAGAAAUAGGGGGAAGAAGGAAGGGGGUAUGGGUCCCAAGCAAAUCCCAAACCUGGCAAGGCAAACUAUGGGAUCUUAAGUCUGUAGUACAAUGCUCUCUUUGGCUCCAUGCUCUGCCCUUCAGGUUGACUGGGUAAUAGUCCCAGAUCCGCUGGGGCAGAGGUGCUGUCUCCAUAGCUCUCAGAGGCAGGGAUCUCACCCCCAGGGCUGUGCUAGAUGAUCCCACCCCCACUACUUUGGGCAGAUGCCAUCUGGCCUGUUGAAAACAAGGCAUUCACCCCCUUUUUGAAACCAAGGAGGCAGCCUUGGUCUCUGAAUUGCCUUUAGGAUCACCCUUCCCUUGCUUUUCUUAGCCAAAUCUUUAAGCUCUGCUUCCUUUUUGCUUAUCAAUUCUGUCUUGAAGUCGUUCCUGCCUUCUCACAUUUUGCUACAGUCAGUCAGGAGGAGCCAAGCCUCACCUUCCACACUGUGCUUAGAGAUCACGUCAGCUAAAUAUCCAAUUUCAUUACUGGCAAGUUCUACCUUCCAUAGAACACUAGAACAUGGCCACAGUUCAGCCAAGUUCUUUGCCAUUUUAUAACAAGGAUGGUCCUUCCUCUGGUUUCCAAUAAUGUGUUCCUCAUUUCUGUCUGAGACCUCAUUAGAAUGGCCUUUACCGCCCAUAUUUCCACCAACAUUCUGUUCACGAUUAUUUAGGUAGUCUCAGAGAAAGUUGAUGCUUCCUCUACAGCUCUGAGCCCAUCCUAAAUUGCUGGUCCAUUAAAUCAUGAGCUCAAUAAAUGCUUAUCGUUUUAAGCCAUUGAGUUUGGGGGUAGUUCUGCAGCGUUAUCACAGCAAUUGAUAACGAAGACACCUUUUAUCCAUCAGGGACAGCUGAAUGGGCUGUCGGAAGGAGUUACAUAUGUUGGCUUUACAGGCAGUCAUACCUUAUACACCUUCACUCAGAAGUUACCCAAUAAUCACCCACUUACGCAUGCUUGUGUCCUAUUUAAAGAUAAAUGUUACUGGACCAUUUUAAGUACGUAUGUGCGUCUUUAGGCCUUUAGCCUUGUCCAAAAAUGGGGCGCCCACCUGAACCAGAUCCCACCAAUGGGAGCUGGUCUCUGUUCCAUAUAGGUAACAGUCUCAAGUGAGUUAUUGGGGGUUUUGGGAAGGGAUUUUCAUAUGAGUUUGGUGUAAUUCAGUGGUUAAAGAUGGAGCAGCAUCCCCUAGAUGACCAUGUAACUUCUUUACAACGGUUAGGAUGAUGCUGGGGUUGCCUCCCAGGAUGCUGAUGGGUAAUCGCAUGUGACUACCUAAAUUUAAAUUAAUUAGAGCUAAGUAAACUUAACUCAGCUCCUCAGUCGUACUAGCCAUAUGUGAGUCUCAACAGCUACCGCUUUGAACAACCCAGACCCUGAACAUUUUCAUUAUCUCAGAAAAUUCCUUUGAGCGGUGCUGGUCUCAGUGCUUGUGUUCAACUUUCUUAUUUACAGAAUCUCUUUGGUCUAAACUUCUAGUUUCUACUGACUAUUUGAUUCUGACAGCCUCUCACUCUGUACCCUCUGGGAAAAAUGAGUUAUUAUUGUCUAGGUUAUCAACUCAAGCUAGUCUGUUUUGACACCUGCAACGUUAAAUAUUCUCUUUGUUACAGGUCACAAAGCUAAGCAUUAAAGUGGAGUCUUUGUUUGUUUAUGUAUACUGACAGAGGGAGCACCCCUUCUGCCAGGCAGAGUGAGGCUUGCGAGGGAGAGAGGGCAGCGGAGAGAACCAGUUUGAGUUUUAAAAACCCUAACAGCACUUCCCUGGUGGUGCAGUGGUUAAGAAUCCGCCUGCCAGUGCAGGGGACACGGGUUCGAUCCCUGGGCCGGGAAGAUCCCUCAUGCCGCGGAGCAACUAAGCCCGUGCACCAAAACUACCGAGCCUGCCGCUCUAGAGCCCACGAGCCACAACUACUGAGCCCACUUGCCACAACUACUGAAGCCCACGCGCCUAGAGCCCGUGCUCCACAGCAAGAGAAGCCACCGCAGUGAGAAGCCCGCGCACCUCAACAAAGAGUAGCCCCUGCUCGCUGCAACUAGAGAAAGCCCGCGUGCAGCCACGAAGACCCAAUGCAGCCCAAAAAAUACAUUAAAAAAAAAAUAAAGGGAGUGAUGGGCAUAGAAAAUGACCAUUUAGCACACAUCACGCUGAUGGGCCACAGAUGGAUGCAAGCAGAAGUAGGCUGGAGUAUGAUAUGAAACAGGAUAUGUGCAAAGUCUCAAAGUAUCUUCCUGCAAAAUACUUAUUCAUUACAAAGGGAGAAGCAGUAACUCUGCAGAGAGAGACCCAGUGGACACCACCUUAACCAAGGGAUCAAGGUCAGCGUCAUCAGCAUCACCAGAGGUGGGACACAUUGGCACCAUGUACCCCCUUACAUGAUGCACUGAGAAGGCACAAGAUCACUUCUGUGGUAUUCCUGCCCACACUCCUCAACCUAAUCGUUAGAAAACAUCAGGCAGACAAAAAGUGGGUUCUGCAGUCAUUCUACUUCUGUUUAAACCUGGGUGCCCUACUGACUAGUUGUGUGACUUUGGAAAGUCACUUCAUUUCUCCUUGCCUCCGUUUCCUCAUCUGUAAAAGGAGGAUUAAACUUAGUACCCACCUCAGAGGAUUAUAAGGAGGAUUAAGUGUGUUAAUACAUGUACAGUGCUUAGAACAGUGCCAGCUCAGUGAGGGCUGUUAGUGUGUGCGGUCAUCAUGUGAGACCAGCAGCUUCUUCUGCUGAUCUUAGGGAUAUUUGUUUCUUUUUUUUUCCUUUUCACUGUGCUUCUGGAAGCUUCCUGAUGCAGGCCCUGGUGCUGAUUCCUCCUCCAAACAGCUGUUUUGUUCUAACAGCAUUUCCCACUCCACCCCUGGGUAGGCGAAGCGUGCCUUAAGGAUCAUCUACUUUUGAAGGAAUCAGAAUAACUGCUCUCUCAGUUGAGAGAAAAGACAGAGGUGAGCACUUCCCUGGUGGUGCAGUGGUUAUGAAUCUGCCUGCCAAUGCAGGGGACACGGGUUUGAGCCCUGGUCCAGGAAGAUUCCACAUGCCACAGAGCGACUAAGCCCGUGCACCACAACUACUGAGCCUGCGAGCCACAACUGCUGAGCUCGCGUGCCACAACUACUGAAGCCUAUGCGCUUAGAGCCCAUGCUCCGCAACAAGAGAAGCCACCGAAGUGAGAAGCCCACACACUGCAACAAAGAGUAGAAGCCCGUGGGCAGCAACGAAGACCCAAUGAAGCCAAAAAUAAAUAAAUAAUAAAUAAAUAAAUAAAAUAAAUUUAUUAAAUAAAAAAAAAGUGUUGAAAAGACAGAGCUCAUGUCACCAAAGAACCUUCUAGGGCCAGUUUCUCUUAUUCCCAACAUGGGGUCCAGACCUCUCUGGGCUGGGCUUGUGGGACCUUGUGGUUUGGGGGGUGGUGUGGAUCUGCCUCACAAUGACCUGUCUGAGCCCUCACCCCAUGUCACAUUUUAGCAUCUGUUUGGCCAAUAAGACUGCGGCACACAAACCAGUCUCAUUCCCCACUUGGCCACUCCUUUUAUGUCACAAUAUGAACUUGUGGAUAUUAAUCUGGCUACAGCUGCUCACAAACCAGUUGGCAAGGUCAAGAGGACCAGCACAGUAAGAUGUGGAAGAGAAUCGACCGUCAACUCAAGAUCAGAGCAGGGGAUGGGCCUCAGGCAAGCCAGCUCAAGGAAUUGGGUCCAGCUCAGGAACUCACUGUGCCACACCCUGUAGUGCUGUCAGAGUUCCAGAGCUUCCCUGUGUUUGAGGACAUCAGUCAUCACAUCAAAGAAGUGGGGGCCCAACUGGUAAAGAAAGUCAAUGCCAUCUUUCAGCUGGACAUCACCAAGGAUGGGAAGACCAUUCUGAAGUGGACCAUUGAUCUGAAGAAUGGCUCUGGGAACAUGUAUCCAGGACCCGCCAGGCUCCCAGCGGACACGGUCUUCACAAUCCCGGAGCCUGUCUUUAUGGAGCUGGUUUUCGGCAAAAUGAACCCUCAGAAGGCUUUCCUUGCUGGCAAGUUCAAAGUGAGCGGCAAAGUUCUGCUUGGCCAGAAGCUGGAGAGGGUUUUCAAAGACUGGGCUAAGUACUGAGCCUGCAAAAAUACCAAGGAAAUGACCAGCACUUCCCUCUGAUUAUAAUGUUGAGCGGAAAUCAUGCUUCAGCUGAAGAUUAAAACAAAAAGUAUUCCAUAUUUUUUCUCCAAUUCUUCCUAUUCAAGUUUAAUGAAUUUUUCUGCUGAUGUGUAAAUUUGGAGCGAGGGUUCUAGAGCAGUAAAGAGUGUUGGAGUGUAUCACCUAAAAUCUUUGUCUUUUUCUUUUCUUAGGUUCAUUUAUGUCAUAAUAUGCUAGGGUGAAAGCCCCAGGUAGAGAAAUGGGUGGUUUUGACGGUUGGAUUUAAAUGCUCCAGUGAUUGAGUUCCUGGGACUUUUGUUUUGCUUUGAGUCUGGUGCUUUGGGAAAGAAGUGGUAACCACCACUGUGCAGGUCUGCAUUCCAGUCGGUAGCUUGGUUCUUCGAGGAGACCUUAACGCGGGCGGCAGCGUUCUAAGAGGGUGGGUUCCAGAGCUGUGUGGAUGGAGUGAGGCCAUCAAGAAGUUGCACUCUCGGCGUAGUGUGACUUCUGACGGAUUUAAUUCCAGGAGAGUCAAAGGGCUUGAACGAUGUUCUGGGCUAUUUGUGUUUAAGCCAGAACAUGCAUCAGAUUGCCUGGAAGCCCAGAUUGCUGGACCCCCCCUCAGAGUUUCAACUCUUUAGGUCUGGACUGGGGAGAUGCGCAUCACCAGGUGAUGCUGGUGGGACCACCCUUGCAGAACCCCUCCUGCCGUUCAUGCAUAGCUCUCGGUAUUGAUCAUAACUAUUCUACUCUAGACCCACAAGAUGCUGCCAUCAUAUGAAGAUCUGCUGCAGGCAGAUCACACGGCCCGCUUGGGGGCCACUUCUGGAGUGUCAGGAGCUUGUGUGCAGAGCAUUUUUUUUUUUUUUUUUUUGCGGUACGCGGGCCUCUCACCACUGUGGCCUCUCCCGUUGCGGAGCACAGGCUCUGGACGUGCAGGCUCAGCAGCCAUGGCUCACGGGCCCAGCCGCUCUGCGGCAUGUGGGAUCUUCCCGGACCGGGGCACGAACCCGUGUCCCCUGCAUCAGCAGGCGGACUCUCAACCACUGCGCUACCAGGGAAGCCCCGCUCAGAGCAUUUUACAAAAUCAGAGGUCAUGCUGGGAGACUUUCCCUGCUGGGAACCCUCUCCGUACACUGGGAGGACUGGAAUGGAGCGGCUGCAGCCUGAUGUGGCCUCCAUGUGAGUGUGUGGAUCAUUUGUUCCCGUGUGACCAGUGUGUACCUUAUCUUGUAGGUUAAAUACACACAGUGUGGACCCUCUGAAACCUGCAUGGGAGCUCCAUGAAAAUGGCCAUGAUCAAACACAUGCCUACCAAACGAUCCAGCUAGUCCAUUCCUAGACAUUUUCCCAAGUACAAAAAUUUGUACGUGAAUGUUCACAGCAACUGUAUUUGUGAUUGUCCCAACCUGUAAAUAAACCAAAUGUCCAUCAA